AUGGGGCAGUGUUAUGGUAAGACGAUUCCCACCGGAGACAAUGAUGGGUAUGCGACGACCACCAUUACAGCCACUGCUGACGGUGGUGGCGAUCGGCCAUCGGAGACGCCGGCACGUAACGGCACUCCAUCGGCGAAGAAUACUCCGGCCAGAUCGUCNGAACUUUGGGGCCGAAAGGGAGAGCUCAAGGACCUGCCUCUUGCCGUCAAAAUCAUCUCCAAAUCUAAGAUGACAACUGCAAUAUCUAUUGAAGAUGUCCGCAGAGAAGUGAAAAUUUUGAAAGCACUUUCAGGCCAUAAGCAUCUGGUUAGAUUUUAUGAUGCUUGUGAGGAUGUCAACAACGUGUAUAUAGUAAUGGAGUUGUGUGAUGGCGGAGAGCUACUGGACAGAAUAUUGUCGAAAGGUGGUCGAUAUACAGAAGAGGAAGCAAAACUUAUCGUUGUUCAAAUUCUAAGUGUCGUUUCAUUUUGUCACCUCCAAGGUGUUGUGCACCGUGACUUAAAACCUGAGAAUUUUCUUUUUACCUCUAGAAGUGAAGACGCUGCUAUGAAGCUUAUUGAUUUUGGUCUUUCUGACUUCAUCAGGCCGGAUGGAAGACUAAAUGAUAUUGUUGGAAGUGCUUAUUAUGUGGCACCAGAGGUUCUCCAUAGAUCUUAUAGUUCGGAGGCUGAUAUUUGGAGCAUUGGCGUUAUCUGCUAUAUUUUACUAUGUGGAAGCAGACCUUUCUGGGCAAGGACAGAAUCUGGAAUAUUUCGUUCAGUAUUAAGAGCUGAUCCGAACUUUGAGGACAUGCCUUGGCCUUCCAUCUCGCCACAAGCCAAGGACUUUGUAAAAAGGCUUUUAAACAAGGAUUACAGAAAAAGAAUGACUGCUGCUCAAGCUUUGACGCAUCCAUGGUUGCGAAGUGAGAGCCAUCCUAUUCCUUUAGAUAUGUUAGUCUACAAGCUGGUUAAGUUGUAUGUACAAGCUACACCUUUCAAACGUGCAGCGCUGAAGGCCCUUUCGAAAGCUUUGACUGAGGAUGAAUUUGUUUAUCUUAAAGCUCAAUUCAUGCUUCUGGAGCCCAAGGAUGGGCUGGUCUCUCUAGACAACUUUAAAAUGGCUCUUGCACGAAAUGCCACUGAUGCUAUGAAGGUGUCUAGGGUACCUGAUAUUAUACACGUGAUGGCACCGUUGUCUUAUAGGAAGAUGGACUUUGAAGAGUUCUGUGCAGCCGCAACCAGUACGUAUCAAUUGGAGGCCCUUGACAAAUGGGAGCAAAUUGCAUCGACGGCAUUUGAGCAUUUUGAACAAGAGGGUAACCGAGUAAUAUCAGUAGAAGAAUUGGCUCGGGAGUUGAAUGUGGGCCCAACCGCUCAUUCUGUGCUCAAAGAUUGGAUAAGGAGUGACAGAAAACUCAGUUUACUUGGAUAUACAAAAUUUUUACACGGUUUGACACUUCGUAGCUCAAAUACAAGACAUCAGUAG